AUGGACGCUCUCGCCUCCUGCGUCGUGGCACCGUCUCUGCACCCGCCGCCGCCGUCCUCGCCGGCGUGCCCGCACCACCACCGCCGCCGGCUCUGCGGCACCUUCCUCCUCUCCUCCUCCACACGGGUCGUCCCGCUCGUGGCGGCGCCCCCCAGAAGGAACCCCGUGUUCAGUCCUCGCCGCUCCCCCCGCCGGGCGCCCAUCGUCGCCUCGUCGCAGUUCAAUGCGGCCAAAGGUCGUCUUCUUCGUCGUCCUCCUCCUCGAUCGCCGAGAGCCAGGGGAACCAUCGCCGGGGAGCCCUACUUCUCCUCCUCCUCCCCCUUUUUCUUCCUCCUUUCAGGACCACUGGACGUCGAUUUCGAGUGAGCCUGGUCUAAUUCUGCGUAGAAACAAUUACCUGCAGUUCUCACGACGGCGUGGAGAGUCGCAAAGGACGGCGUCGAGGCGGGCGCGAACCUUGUUCCCGUAAGCUCCACCUUUCUCCUUCUCUACAACCAGCUCCUCGUUGAACUCUCGGUCGCCCAAAGUCAACGUGCUUCUCUCGAGAUUAACAGGACUCCGUGCCCAGACCGGCGGCCAGGGUUGCUGUCGCCGCAGUCGCCGCCGUGGUGGCCUUGUUCCUGCUCAAGUCCCUGGUCUCCACAGUACUAUUUGUGGUGGUAUGUCCGAUCACUACCCAUUACUAGCCUUCACUCCGAUGAGCUCUGCACAGUUCGUCCGAUUCACGAAAAACCCACAUCGAACCUGCUCAAACCCGUUUGAAAUCUGAUUUUUUCUUCGAUUAAAUUUGAUUUUUCUUCACAUAAUUCAUGCUUAUGAUCUUCGUUCUUCAGGAGCCCGGAGAGUUCUUAUGCUGUGCUGACUUUCUCUCUCUAACAGGCCAUGAUGGGGCUGAUAUACUUCGCCUACAUCGCCUUCAAUGCCAGUGAGGAGGGACCGAGCGAUGCUGAGGGGGGCGGCCCUCCCGCCUCCGACGACGAAACCCUAGAAGAAGCCCGGAGGAUAAUGGAGAAGUAUAAGUGA